AUGGAUCACAUUAUUCCCAGAGCCCUGAAGAGAGGGGACACAGUUGCUUUCGUCUCUCCCUCCGCACGUCUGAAUGAUAUCCUGCCCGGCCCUCUCGAACGCGGACGAGCAUACAUUGAGUCUCUAGGCUUUAAAGUGCGAAUAUUUUACACAGCUUCCACACCGGAAGAUGGCAUGGCUAAGUUGAUCCGUGAUCGCUGCGAAGAGCUUCAUUCGGCUUUCCGUGACACCACCAUCACCGCCAUUAUUUGCACGAUAGGUGGUGACCAUGCCAAUGAGAUGCUACCGUUUCUCGACUAUUCCCUGAUUAAAUCGAAUCCUAAGAUUUUCGUUGGGUACAGUGACACCACUUUCCUCCAUUAUGCGAUUACUUCUCGUACGGGCUUGCGCACUUUCUAUGGACCGUCCAUCUUGACAGACUUCUCCGACUUUCCGACACCCAUGCAGUUCACCAUCGAUCAUUUUCUACAUGUCUUGACGACGGCGGAUCCAAUAGGCCCUCUACCUCGCUCGCCUAUUUACACUGUAGAGCACUCUGACUUUACUUUUGGCGAAGGCCCCGAGAAACCACGCGAGAUUGCCGCAUCGCCAUCAUGGCGCUGGCUUCGCAGUGGUCGUGCCACUGGACAGCUCUACGGGGGUACUAUAUCCUGUGUUGUAAGACUCCACGGAACAAAGUACGCCCCUGAUUCUUGGAAGGGGAAGAUCCUAUUCCUGGAGACCUCUAUGGGCGACGAUAUAACCCUUCCAUAUUCUGUUACCGAUUUCCGCAGCAACUUGGUUGAUCUUGCGUUAUCAGGUGCGCUGCACGACAUCAGUGGAUUAGCCAUCGGGAGAGGAUACAAGUAUGAUUCUCAAAUGCAGGACGAGAUUGCUGGGAUUAUAGGGGAGAUUUUUGAUGUCAUCGUUCCCCGAAAGCCUGAAGAGCUGCCGAUUGUGAUGAACGUUGACUUUGGUCAUACAAGCCCACUUUUGACUUUACCCAUCGGCGCACUCGCUCGAAUAGAUUCCCAUACUGAUGAGUUCAGUAUUUUGGAGCCAGGAGUGCAGGCUUAG